AAAGUUUCGGUUUGCUAAUGUUCUGAUGUUAUGGCAGGAUAAUAAAUACCCACAACGGCGCUGUAAGUUGUACAAAAUGUCAGUAUAGCUGUCAGAUAAAAGCUUGAAUUUGGUAUUUUCUGCUAGAAUGAAUAACUCAGUAACUUCCGCUACUUAUAUUCGUAACCUGAGUUAUAGUUUACGUCGCAAGUUGUCCGAUUUUUUGGACCCUCAAGAAAGGUGGAAAGAUGUUAUUGUAUCGAUACGGAAGCCGAAUGGGGACUUUAGGUACACUCAGCAUCAUGUGAGGAGGUUUGAAGGUCUUGUUAAACAGGGGAGAAGUCCCACAGUGGAGCUGCUGGUUGAAUGGGGGACCACCAACAGUACAGUGGGAGAACUUGUGGACAUUUUGAAGAGUCACAAGUUACUGGCUGCUGCUAGUGUUCUGCUACCUGUGGAAGACGCCAUCCCAGCAGUGCCACAGCAGGCCUCUCCAACAGUAGAAGUAUCCAGUGCCGCUCCAACAACACUACUGGAGGAGACAGUGACACAGCCACAACCUCUCAGAUCCAUUCUGCAGCCACAGAUUCUACUGGAGAGCAGUGAACCCGGCCAGACAGGUUUUUCUAGUUUCUUGUACAAUGAGCUGAUGAAGAUUACAGGCAACUUUGAUGACCGCCCCGUAUCCGAUGGCGGCAGCAGACUGGGAGAGGGAGGCUUUGGCACUGUAUACAAAGGCCUUCUGAAUGACAAACCUGUUGCGGUGAAAAAGCUCAAUCCAAUGGAGGACGUCUCCCUGGAUGAGCUUCAAGUUCAGUUCAACCAAGAGAUCCAAGCUCUGAGAGUGUUGAAACAUGAGAAUUUGGUCGACAUGGUUGGAUUUUCGUGUGAUGGACAGCACCCAUGUUUGGUGUAUGCCUUAAUGGCCAAUGGUUCUCUGCUAGACCGACUAGCUUGCUUGGAUGAAAGUCCUCCACUGUCCUGGCAACAGAGAUGCUUGAUAGCUGAAGGGACAGCGAGCGGUUUGGAGUAUCUGCACAGCAACCACCACGUCCACAGAGAUGUUAAAAGUGCAAAUAUCCUGUUAGAUGAAAAAUUUGUGGCGAAGAUCUCAGACUUUGGGCUGACGAGAGCAUCGGCCAAGAGGACAUCAACUACCAUGAUGACGGAGAAGAUUGUGGGUACCCGUGCAUACAUGGCACCUGAGGCGCUAAGAGGAGAGAUCACAUCAAAAUCUGAUGUCUUCAGCUUCGGAGUGGUGUUGUUAGAAAUAUUGUCUGGACUCCCGCCAGCCGAUGAAAACCGUGAGCCACAGUUCUUGAUGGAGAUGAGGUAUGAUAUAGAAGAUGAAGACGAGGAGCUGACUUUAGAGGACUUCCUGGACAAAAAGAUGGGAGACUUGGGGCUGAGCCAGGUGGAGAGUGUCUACUCUUUGGCCUGUAACUGCCUCCUCGAGAGGAAAAAUAGACGGCCAGUUAUCAAACAGGUCCUCUUGGAGCUUAGAGGAGUUGUGAAGAGCAUUUCACUGGAUUUUAAAGCAUAGUAGUGAAGCAUAGCAUCCCAGAGAAGAUUUGUGAGCCGGCUCCAGUUAUAGUGCACACACAAGUACAUUUCCUUCUCAAAAGGAGUAUCAAACAAUUGAAUAUUGCUUGAUGACUGUGACUGACAAAAGUAUUUUUUUGCAACAAUAUUUUGUACUGAUGACAUACUAUAUUUUUGGUACGAAGCAUGUAGCUUAGUUCUUACAGUUAAGGCUGUUAUGUCAGGGGAUUUGAUACCUUGAAAAGAUUGUAAGGCUUUUUUUUUUUGCCAGUGUUUCUAUCUUGUAUUUAUUGUAAAGGACAGUUGAAGAAAUAAAGUGAAUGAAACAGAA